UUGAAGACGUGUUCGAAGCUCAGCAGCGUGUCCAAGGAAAGGAACUUCGGUCAGACAAUGGCGGUUCUUCAACCGAGCUGCACCUUGAUGUUCGUGGCUGUGUUAGCCACGGUGAUGAUGUUGCCUUUCAGUUACUCCCAGAGCCCAGGUCAUAGCAGCGGGCUGAAACCAGCUGAUGCAGAAUUCCAAACAAAGGCACAUUGUGAUCAUUUCAAAACCACCAUGCUAUGGUGGAAUAGCCAGUGCUUUUGCCAGCCGAAAUGGAGCCUCGUGGGAAACUGCUCUCAGCGGAGAAUACCACACGGGCUGCAAAUUGUUAAGCAACGUACCGACUACUAUGAUCUGAAGUGUGAUUCUGGUUAUGCCAAGGACCAGCCAUUGAAGUCAUACGGUACAUGUCGAGACCAGCACAACUGCACAAUUUUCACCGACUCGUCCAUCUGUACUAGCUUGACUCAUCAUGGGGCAUUCCCAGUCUCCAUACCAAAUGCCUUGAAAGGUAAACGUCACCUGCAAUAUCUGUAUUUCCAGAGGAGUUCAAUCGAACAGCUGCAAGGACAUUCUUUUGGAUUCAGCCUGAGUUAUCUUAGGGUUCUUCAUCUGGAGGACAACCUUCUGAUGUCGAGUUCAUUUUCUACAGGCUGGGCUAGUCCAAUGCCUAACCUCCACGAACUUUACCUGGACAACAACAAAUUAACUUUCACUCAGACAGAUGUGACAGAUCCAGGAGCACGUAUGUUUUCCGGCCUGGGAAACCUGCAGAAGCUGUCAAUGAACUCCAACAAUCUUGACUAUCUGCCACCGAAUCUGUUUUCUAGUCUGACAAAUCUCCAAGAAUUGUAUAUGGUGAACUGCAGUUUGCAGUUAUGGGGAAUGGUACAAACACAUUUCACUCCACUCUCCAAACUCCAUCUGUUAGAUAUGAGCUACAACCAUAUCACGUCCGUUCCUACACCACUGAAUUUAGUGAUGCCAAAUCUAACUGAAAUAAAUCUGCUCGGCAAUAGCCUCAGCCUUGAUCGCAUUUGCCCGCUGAUUUUCGUCCAGAGUGUAAUGGCCGAGACAGCUGUAGUGGCCCACCUGGAUGCACAACGGAUAAAGAAUGCUGACUUUUGCCCGGACCACAAGCUCGGAUGCGCUGACCUAGUAGCCACUCAGGAGCAGCGUCUGGUCUGCACCUGUGGACAGAAAUCUCGCCCCGCCUCAAAGAGCCCGUACUACGCACGGUCCUGUAAUGGACAGUGCAGUUUCCGAAAGACGGAGCGCUAUUGUCCCAUUCUGCCCAUGAAUUGGGACGCCCAGACAGCGCCAGCCGGCAUGAAGCCUUUGGAUGCAUCAUGUCCCAAAGGAAUGAAGCUCGUCAGUGGCAAGUGUGAACUGAUGACAGGCCAAUGCAACGUUCCUUCUAAACAACACACGGUCUAUAGUUACAUAACAUGGCCGACUGAUAAUGGCGAAGGUCUCACGGCAUCAGAGACGGCGUCUUUCUGCAGCAUUGAGAAGAAUAUGAGCGCUUUCACUCUGCCGCAAACAGCAGAUUGCCUCGCCCCUCUCAUGAGCAACAUCACUCACUCCGGCAUGUACGACAAGACCCUGCGCUUUUGGGGUGAAUUUACUGGCAGUGGUCGCAGCAAUGGAUUACGCGCGCUAGAGUAUAAUCCGUCUACGCAACGCUUCGCCAUUCUGCAGUUGCCACCAACAGCCAAGCUGGAUGUCAUUUGCACAGCCAAAUGGACGAUCUCCAACUUGCCGGCUGUUGGAGAAAUCGCUAUGCUCCAAAGCGAAAACCCAAUGAUGAACCCGUCUCUGGCCGAAGAGCUUUGCCGGUCACUGAACGGCUUCUCCCUGAUAUCGUGGGAUAUGCUGCACAAGGCUUGGCCACUGCACUAUUUUCUAAGCCGCCCACUGCGAUCCAUGCUCAUCACCCAGUGGCUUAGAAGUCCUACUUUUAGAAAACACCCCAGAUACUAUAUGUCUGGCACGCCAUCCGACUACUCCGUCAGACAAUACUGGAUGGAGCCUAAACCCAAUGGUCAUGUAAUUAUACAUUAUAUAGCGGGAGAUGAUUCAUUGCGUAUAUCCCCAGCUGAUCCAUCACUGAUGGACAGGAUAACUGGUGCCCCGCUCUGUUUUAAAUUCAACAGUUACUUCCUUGGACUUGUGAAAAAGGUGUUCGGCCCUAGAGUGUUCACACCACCCACCCCUCCUACUAAGUAGUGUCUUCCGCUUCUGGGCUGGCAUGGCCCAUACUUCAUGGGUGCUUGUUCCUGUUGUUGUUAUGUAUACUGCGUCUUGCCGCUACUCCGGCUUUUGCCGUGACCACUAUGUGUUUCCCGCUUUUCCCCUUUAUCCUUUCCUUUCUCUUUUUGCUAAAAGCUUUCUUCUCGCCGUGACCACGAUUUUUCUUUUCUUUUUCUCCUUUAUUCUUUUUCUCUCCUUCUUUUCUCUUCUUCCUUUGCUGAGAGCCUUCUGUUCCCAUAUUUUCUUCACAUCUGUGUCCCCAUUUCUGGGUUACUUGGACUUCAUUCGCUUCCUUGUCAUUGGACAUGUUCAGUCCGUUCGG